CUGAUUUGGACUGAAAACAAGAGGCUGAACACGGCAGCGGAUGCGGUGGAGAAAAGGGGACCGUACAUCAUGAGCAAGCCUCCCUCCAUUCACGCCAAGCUCCGUAAGCGAUCUCUGUGGCUGCAUUUCCACACCAAAAUAUCUUACGGGCUCGUUCCUCUGCUUUCCGGCAGGUCGGUGAGGUUUAACAAGGGCUACACGGCGCUCAGCCAGACCGCGGAUGAAAACCUGGUCUCCCUCGAUUCGGACAGUGACGGGGAGCUGGGAUCCAGAUGUUCCUCGGGCUACUCCUCUGCCGAGCAGGUGAACCAGGACCUGAGCCGGCAGCUGCUGCAGGAUGGGUAUCACCUCGACGAGGUCCCCGAUGACGAAGAUCUGGAUCUCAUCCCCCCGAAACCCAUCGCCUCCUCUUCUUGCCCCUGUUGUUUCGGAGAAAAUCUCUCCUGCGUGAUCCAGUAG